GGAACGUGCAGAUGCGGGGGCACUGGACCCUUUAGUUAAAGCUGUUCUGCUUGGCACCCCGAGAGGGAGGGAUGACACAUUCCGGACUCCAACAGAAUCCAGAGAAAAUUCCGACCGCCAAACCCAAGGUCUUCAAAAGAGAUUGGUCGUGAUGAGGACCCGUAGGGAUUCAAUGUGCUUUGGCUCCGGGAUUAGGGGCGGUGCCAAGGUUCCGCGGGGCGGAAGCCGGGAAACUGGACGCUGGGGGCGGAGCCGAAGAAUGACACUGACGGGAGCGCCGAUUGGGCGUGGCUGGGGCCGAUCUCUCCGCCCUCUUGGAUAAAGGCUAACGGUUUCCGGUAGCGGUGUCCGGGAGAGCAGGGGGAGUCUGUGUCUUACAAUCCUCGGCCCCCCGCCCUGAGACUCCGCACCCCUGUAGCAAGGCCAAGAUGAUGGGCCGUGGGGAGUCAGAGCUGGAGUCGGCGGAAGAGGCCGUGGCGGCCCCGGGGCCGCCCCCCGAGCCUCGAGCCUUGGAGCCCCGAGCCCCAGUGCCCGAGCCCGGCCUGGACCUGAGCCUGAGCCCGCUCCCCGCGAGCCCCGAGCCUCCCUGCUGCAGCCCGGGGCGGCGGAAGGGGCGGGCGAACCGGCGGGGCGGGGCCCGGAAAGGGAGGCAGGUCCGAUUCCGCCUGGCGCCGACAUCGACCUCGCCCAGCCGGCCCGAGCCGCUGCCGGCGGCUGCCGUACCGAGUGAGAAGCCCUCGGCGCCGCAGGAGCUGGAGGCGCCCGCGCUUCAGAGUACGCUGGCCUUGGGCCUCGAGCUGCAGGCCGCGCGGGCCGCUGCGGAGGGCCACUUCGACGCCGCGAAGGCCGUGGAGGAACAGCUGAGAAAGUCGUUCCAGACCCGCUGCGGCCUGGAGGAGAGCCUAGCCGAGGGGCUGAACGUGCCGCGUUCCAGGCGGCUCUUCCGGGACCUGGUGAGCCUGCAGGUGCCCGAGGAACAGGUUCUGAGCGCGGCGCUGAGGGAGAAACUGGCGGUCCUGCCACCGCAGCCCCGAGCCCCGCCCCCAAAGGAGCCACCUGGGGCAGGGCCAGACAUGACCAUCCUCUGCGACCCUGAAACAUUAUUUUACGAAUCUCCACACCUGACCCUGGAAGGCUUGCCUCCUCUCCGGCUUCAGCUCCGGCCCCGGCCUUCAGAGGAUACUUUCCUCAUGCAUCGGACACUGAGGCGAUGGGAAGUUUAGGCCUGGAAGAUCCCUGAAUGCCAAGUUCAUAUUUUUGUGUUAAAACUUGUUUUUUCCCCAGAAUAAAGUCGUUUUGCUAACAAAUGAA